AUGAUUUUGAAAUCUUUUCUACUAGGUAAUCUAUUAUCCUUAUGCAUGAAGAUAAUAAAUUCGGUCGUUGUGGUCGGACUCUAUUAUGGAUUUCUGACCACAUUCUCCAUAGGGCCCUCUUAUCUCUUCCUUCUCCGAGCUCGGGUUAUGGAAGAAGGAACCGAGAAGGAGGUAUCAGCAACAACUGGUUUUAUUACGGGACAGCUCAUGAUGUUCAUAUCGAUCUAUUAUGCGCCUCUGCAUCUAGCAUUGGGUAGACCUCAUACAAUAACUGUCCUAGUUCUACCGUAUCUUUUGUUUCAUUUCUUCUGGAACAAUCACAAAAACUUUUUUGAUUAUGGAUCUACUACCAGAAAUUCAAUGCGUAAUCUCAGCAUUCAAUGUGUAUUCCUGAAUAAUCUAAUUUUUCAAUUAUUCAACCAUUUCAUUUUACCAAGUUCAACGUUAGCCAGAUUAGUCAACAUUUAUAUGUUUCGAUGCAACAACAAGAUGUUAUUUGUAACAAGUAGUUUUGUUGGUUGGUUAAUUGGUCACAUUUUAUUCAUGAAAUGGGUUGGAUUGGUAUUAUUCUGGAUACGGCAAAAUCAUUCUAUUCGAUCUAAUAAGUACCUUGUGUCAGAAUUGAGAAAUUCUAUGGCUCGAAUCUUUAGUAUUCUCUUAUUUAUCACCUGUGUCUACUAUUUAGGCAGAAUGCCGUCGCCUAUUGUCACUAAGAAACUGAAAGAAACCUCAGAAACGGAAGAAAGGGGAGAAAGUGAGGAAGAAAGCGAUGUAGAAACAACUUCCGAAACGAAGGAGACUAAACAGGAACAAGAGGGAUCCGCCGAAGAAGACCCUUCCCUUUGUUCGGAAGAAAAGGAGGAUCCGGACAAAAUAGAUGAAACGGAAGAGAUCCGAGUGAAUGGAAAGGAAAAAACAAAGGAUGAAUUCCACUUUCACUUUAAAGAGACAUGCUAUAAAGAUAGCCCAGUUCACGAAGAUUCUUAUCUUGAUACCUAUCAAGGUAAUUGGGAAUUGGGAAGACUUAAAGAAGAGAAAAAUGAAAAGACUUUUUUAUGGUUUGAAAAACCUUUUCUUACUUUUCUUUUCGAUUAUAAACGAUGGAAUCGCCCAUGUCGGUAUAUAAAAAAUAAUCGAUUUGAAAAUGCUCUACGAAAUGAAACGGCACAAUAUUUUUUUUAUACAUGUCCAAGUGAUGGAAAACAAAUAAUAUCUUUUACAUAUCCGCCUAGUUUAUCGACUUUUUCGGAAAUGAUAGAACGCAAAAUGUCAAAUUUGUACACGACAGAAAAAUUAUCCCAUGUGGAUCAGAAUUAUUAUUGGGUUUAUACCAAUGAGCAAAAAAAGUACAACUUGAACAAUGAAUUAAUAAGUCGAACAAAAGCUCUAGAAAAAGAAAAGGGGUUUCUUGCUCUAGAUAUGCUCGAAAAAAGGACCAGAUUAUGCAAUGAUGAAAAUGAACAAAAAUACUUGCCCAAAACGUAUGACCCCUUUUUGAGGGGACCAUAUCGUGGAACAAUAAAAAAAUUCUAUUCACAUACAAUCAUGAAUGAUUUAAUCACUUCUACAGAUACGGAAGAUUCCAUAGAAAUCAAUUGGAUAAAUAAGAUUUAUGGGCUACUUCCUAAUAAUUCUAAUUAUUCCAGAAAAUUUGAACAUCAAAAGAAUCCGCUUGAUAGGGAAUCAUUACUGAAUUAUAUUGGUAAUUCCGUAACCUCAAUCAAAGAAUUUCCUUUUGAGCCUGCACCCAUUUUGCAUUUUCAAAAAUAUUCUUUAUUGAGAGAGCAAACAAGAAUUGAUUUUGAAAGUCAAGCAAAAGCUUUAAAAUGGGUAUUCGAUGUAAUUACAACUGAUCCAAAUGAUCAAACAAUAAUUAGAAAUAAAUCUAUUGGAAUAGAAGAAAUCCGUAAAAGGGUUCCUCAAUGGUCAUACAAAUUAACUGAUGAUUUGGAAGAACAGGAGGAAGAAAAUGAGGAAGAAUCUACGGAAGAUCAUGAAAUUCGUUCAAGAAAAGCCAAACGCGUAGUAAUUUAUACUGAUAACGAUCAGAAUACCAAUACUAUUACAACUACAAAUAAUACUAAUAAUAGUGAUCAAGCGGAAGAGGUGGCUUUGAUACGUUACUCGCAACAAUCGGAUUUUCGUCGGGAUAUAAUCAAAGGAUCCAUGCGUGCUCAAAGACGUAAAACAGUUAUUUUGGAAAUGUUUCAAGCAAAUGUGCAUUCCCCGCUUUUUUUGGAUCGAAUAGACAAAACAUUUUUUUUUUCUUCUUUUUAUAUCUCUGAAAUGAUGAAUCUCAUUUUUAGGAAUUCGGUGGGGAGAGAACCAGAAUUGAAAAUUUCGCAUUUUGAUUUUGAGGAGGAAGAGACAAGGGAAAAAGAGAAAAAAAACGAAGAUAAAAAAGAGGAAAAUGAAUGUAUAGCAAUAUCAGAAACUUGGGAUAGCAUUAUAUUUGCUCAAGCAAUAAGAGGUUUGAUGUUAGUAACCCAAUCUUUUCUUAGAAAAUACAUUGUAUUGCCUUCAUUGAUAAUUGCUAAAAAUAUUGGCCGUAUGUUAUUAUUCCAAUUCCCCGAAUGGUAUGAGGAUUUGAAGGAAUGGAAUAGAGAAAUGCAUGUUAAAUGCACCUAUAAUGGUGUUCAAUUAUCAGAAACAGAAUUUCCCAAAGAUUGGUUAGCAGACGGUAUUCAGAUAAAGAUUCUAUUUCCUUUCUGUUUGAAACCUUGGCGAAGAUCUAAAAUACGAUCUCAUCCUAGAGAUCAAAUAAAAAAAAAAGGAAAAAAAGACAAUUUUUGUUUUUUAACAGUUUGGGGAAUGGAAGCGGAACUCCCUUUUGGGAGUCCCCGAAAACGACCUUCCUUUUUUGAACCCAUUUAUAAGGAACUCCAAAAAAAAGUUAGAAAAGUGAAAAAGAAUUUCUUUCUACUUCUAAAAGUUUCAAAAGAAAAAACAAGAUGGAUCAUUAAAAUACUUCUAGUUCUAAAACGAAUAAUGAAGGAAAUUCUAAAAGUAAACCCAAUAUUCUUAUUUGAAUUCAGCAAGGCGAAAGUAUAUGAAACGGCUGAAAAUGGAAAAGAUUCCGAAAUAAAUAAUAAGAUUAUUCACAAAUCAACCAUUCAAAUCCAAUCCAUGAAUUGGACAAAUUAUUCACUCAUAGAAAAAAAGAUGAAAGAUCUUUCUGAUAGAACAAUCACAAUCAGGAAUCAAAUAGAACGAAUCACAAAAGACAAGAAAAAAAUAAUUCUAACUUGUGAUGAUAAAAGAUCGAAAUCACGGAAACAUAUUUGGCAGAUAUUCCAAAGAAUAAAUAUACGAUUAAUACGUAAAUCACAUUAUUUUAUGAAAUCUCUGAUUGAAAAAAUAUACAUAGAUAUCUUGCUAUGUAUGAUUACCAUUCACAGGAUCAAUUUCCAAUUUUUCUUUGAAUCAACAAAAAAAAUAAUCAAUAAAUCCGUUUACAACGAUCAAACAAAUCAGGAAGGAAUUGAUGAAAGAGAUCAAAAUACAAUGAACUCUUUUUCCACUAUAAAAAGGUGGUUUUCGAAUACUAAUAUUAGUAAUAGUACAAAAAUGUAUCAUGACUUAUCCUCCUUGUCCCAAGCAUAUGUAUUUUACAAAUUAUCACAAACCCAAUUACUUAACAAGUAUCACUUGAAAUCUCUACUUCAAUAUCAGGGGACUUAUCCUUUUAUUAAGGAUAAAAUCAAGGAUUAUUGUAUGACGCGAGGAAUAUUUGAUUCCAAUCCAAGACAUAAGAAAAUUCAUAAGUCUGGAAUGAUUGAAUGGAAAAACUGGUUAAAGGGGCAUUAUCAGUACAAUUUAUCUCAAACCAAAUGGUCGCGGUUAGUACCGCAAAAAUGGCGAAAUAGAAUCAAUCAACGUUAUAGGAUUCAAAAUAAAGACUCAAUUAAAUCGGAUUCAUAUAAAAAAGAAAAAGACCAAUUAAUUCAUUACGUGAAACAAAAUUACUAUGCAGCGGAUUCAUUGACAAAUCAAAAAGAAAAAUGGAAAAAACACUACAGAUAUGAUCUUUUAUCACAUAAAUAUAUGAACUAUGGGGAUAAGAGGGAUUUAUAUAUUUAUGGGUCAAGAUUACAAGUAAACAGGGUUCUCAAAAUUCCAUAUAAUUUCAAUAAACCGAAAUACGAAUCAUUUUUUGUAUUGGUAAGUACAGCUAUUAGUGAUUAUCUAGAAGAAGGAUAUAUUAUUGAUACGCAUAAAAAUUUAGAUAGAAAAUAUUUUGAUUGUAGAAUUCUCCAUUUUUGUCUUAGAAAAAAUAUUGAUAUUGAGACCUGGACCAAUACACAUAUCGGUACAAAAAUUGAUAAAAAUACUAAGACUGAAAAAAGAAUCAACAACAAAUUGAAAAAAAAAGAUAUUUUUUCUCUUACGAUUCAUCAAGAAAUCAACCCAUCCAAUCAAAAAAGUAUUUUUUUUGAUUGGAUGGGAAUGAAUCAAGAAAGAGUUUAUCGUACCAUAUCAAAUCUAGAAUCUUGGUUCUUCCCAGAAUUUGUCUUACUUUUUGAUGCAUAUAAGAUUAAACCAUGGAUUAUACCAAUCCAAUUACUUUAUUUUGACUUGUAUUUUUAUAAAAAUACAAGUCAAAAUAAAAACAUCAAUAUAAAUAGAAAUAAAAAUCUUCAGAUGAUAUCUGAUCAAAAAAAAUAUCUUAAAUUAGAAAAUUCCAACCAACAAAAAAAUGAACAACAGGACCAAGUAAAUUUUGUAUCAGAUAUACGAAAAGAAAACAAAAAAAAAGAUAUUGAAGAGAAUUACGCGAGAUCAGACAUUACCAUUAAAAAAGGUAAAAAGAAAAAACAAUCCAAGAAAAACAAGGAAGCAGAACUAGAUUUCUUCCUUAAAAAAUAUUUCCUUUUUCAAUUAAGAUGGGAUGACUCCUUGAACCAAAGAAUGAUCAAUAAUAUCAAGGUAUAUUGUCUCUUACUUAGACUGAUAAAUCCAAAGGAAAUUGCUAUAUCCGCGAUUCAAAGAGGAGAGAUGCAUCUGGAUGUAAUGCUAAUUCAGAAAGAUCUAGCUCUUACAGAAUUGAUAAAAAAAGGAAUAUUAAUUAUCGAACCAAUUCGUCUAUCUAUAAAAAAGGAUGGAAAAUUGAUUAUAUAUCAAACUAUAAGUAUUUCAUUGGUCGAGAACAAUAAACACCAAACUAAUAGAAAAUGCAUAAAAAAAAGAAAUAUUGAUAAGAGGAAUUCGGAUAAACCCAUUGUACGAUAUGGGAAUAUGCUUGUGAAUGGGGACACAAAUUAUUAUGAUUUCCUUGUUCCUGAAAAUAUUAUAUCUCCUAGACGUCGUAGAGAAUUGAGAAUGUUAAUUUGUUUCAAUUCCCAUAAUUGGAAUGUUACGGAUAGAAAUAGAAAUCCAUUAUUUUGCAAUGAAAACAACAUAGGAAACUCUGGAAAAUUUUUGGAUGAGGACAAGCAUCUUAAUACGGAUACAAAUAAAUUCAUUAAAUACAAAUUUGUUCUUUGGCCCAAUUACCGAUUAGAAGAUUUAACUUGUAUGAAUCGCUAUUGGUUUGAUACCAAUAAUGGCAGUCGUUUCAGUAUGUCAAGGAUACAUAUGUAUCCACGAUUUAGAAUUAUUUAA